UGAGCCAACUCAACAUCCAGACCUCACUUCAACCAUUUGAACUUUAUACGUAAAUUCCAGCAACCAUGCGGCAACGAAUUACUUUUCUUCAGCAGCCCCAGGAUGCAGUUGAUCCUCAGAAUAUCCAAGUUUCCACAGAUUCUAUAACAGCAAAACGGAUGAAAGCUGCUAGAGAGGAUCGAGCAACCUUUAGUUUUAGUGAACUUCCUCAAGAAAUAUAUCGAGUCUUGAAAGCAUCUCAUGAGCUUCAUAUUCGAUGGACUAGUCCAAAUCAAUAUGACACAGCUUCGCCUCUGUUUUCAAGGCUUUCUCCAGGUCUUCACGUGUUCUAUAGUCCACAGAGAAAUAGCAAAAGCCCGUAUGUUUUUACAUUGUUCAGCCCUCGCACAUGCUAAAAGUGUAUAGAGAUCUUUUAUGCCCUGCUUUGAAAAAAGUAUUUGGAAAUCUUGAUUGCAUAUCUCCAGAGGUAAGAUGUACUCGGUCGAGACCAUGGAAAAAUAUCUAAAUAAAUAUAGGAGUCUUUUACUAAGUUGUCUGUGGAACGAUUUGCUUCAAAUGCGGCAACACAAUAUUAUCAACCUCUUGAGGACCUCACCAAUCUUGUUGAGUAUAUACAACAAAAGAUAUGCAAGGCGUCAGAUAAAGAAUGUCUUCGUAGGGCCAAUUCCCUCAGCUAUGCAUCUUCCGUUGAUAUAGACUUUGACACAAUAUCUCAUGCCUUGAACAUAGUUGCAUAUUGGGAACCUCAAUCAUGGGACCCAGAAAUCACGAAUGCAGCAUCAAAAGACCGUGUAGAAGUUGGCAUACUUUCUGUUGAAACACCUUUGCAACCCGAAGAGCUUUCGUUAGCUGGAUUUUUGACUGUAGUUGGUGAAGACUCUAAACCGUCACCUACACUAUUUUCCUUCCCGGCUAGACAUCAUUCCACAGACACAUUUUUUACCUCAUCUUUCAUGACGCCUUCUGGUCUUCAUCCUACAUUACAACUCUUGCUUAGUUCCAGCCAACCUCCGGUAUCAGACAGAGAAUGUUCAUUACAUACUCAUCUUACACUACCUCGUACCAUCUUCCCCGAUAAAUACCAACUAUCCGAUCCUUUAUUUCUCGCUUCAAAGAAUUUAAAAGCGCUCCGACAAAUUUCCUCGCCAAUCGACCUCGAAGCCCCAAACUACACAAUGAACAUCUGGGGUUCAUCUCUUCUACUUGAACUCGCACCACCUGAACCUGAGUCAACCCAAUCUUUCACAGCGGAAAUUCCCCUUCACCUACGAUAUCUCUCUCCAACCAACACCACAGACAUUUACAAAUCUAUAGAAAUCCCCCACCCAGUAAUAUUCUGGGCAUGCACCGCAGACAAAGGUAGCAAAUUCUCAAUCAAUCCAUUUGAUCGAAUAAAUCUAGGUUACGAUAGCCUAUUCGGAUCCCAAACCAUGUUCUAUCACGUAUCACCCGUAGCAGUACCAGAUGGUAGAUUAAUGAAUGCAGUUGCAGUUCCAGUAUUAGAUUUAAAUAAGAGUACUUGGGUAGAGCUAGGAACUGCCUGUGUGGUUUUUUUGGGUUUCUGGUGGAUUGUUUGGUGUUUGGUUGGCGUUUGGCGGAAGGUGGGGGUGUAUGGUAAAGAAUCUAAAGGUGAGAGGGCAGAUAUGAAGAAGAAGAAGAAGGAACUAUAAGUUAGGGUGGUUAUUAGGUGAAUACAUAUAUAUGUAAUGAUACAAUCCAAGUUAUUGUAUUUCCUCCCCU